UUUAUAUCAAGCAGGGGAAAAUGUUAUGAAUGCCGAGUAGUGCAAACAACGUUGCUGCACUUUGUUCUUAGAGCAACCUGAGCGUGCAACUCUCGGCUUUUCCAUUCUGGGACGGUAUUGUUCAGUCAAGUUAACAUGAUUAGAAUGCAUAUGAACAUUACACAAUUUUCACGUCAAACCAAAUAGCGCGAAAUCUCUCGGUUCUCAGAACAACUACACUAAAUUAAUUGUGUAUUAGAUUAAAAAUUGUAAGGAAGGUCUUCGAGCAUUGGUAGUCCCUCUAAGCACAUUCCCUGGCUGGCUUCCAGUUCUUAGUAAAUAAAUAUCGCAAGCGCUUGACCCGACGCUUCAAACGCUUUGUUUUCCGCAACCCCCACCUGACAAAAAAAAAUCCAGUCAACCAAGCGAGACAAAUAGGGACGCCAAACAAUCAAGCUAUUUACAAACAGUAUAUCACGUCUGGUGAAGUUUCUGAAGCUUGGGUUGUACAUCGUACGGAACUCAUCCUAUCCUAGUCCAGUGAAAGACAGCGGCAAGGAGAGCUGUAAAACAUGGGCCGAGGUAAGAACAGACGUUUACGUUCCUGCUGUGGAAAAGUCUUACAUCACAUUCGCAAAGAACUGCUCCUCGUUCUCAUCAUUUUGGGAGUACUCGUCGGCUUCAUUAUAGGUUUAUCGGUAAACGAGAGCGUGAACGAUAUCAAAGACCCAGAGAAGAAAGCCACAACCAUCAUGUUGAUUGGAUUUCCGGGUGAGCUCUUCAUGAACAUGCUGAAGUUGUUGAUUCUGCCGCUGAUUGUUGCAAGUUUGAUCACCGCCUUGGCCACGCUGGACUCCAAAGCAACAGGACGAAUCGGUCGUCGAACCGUGCUUUAUUACAUGGGAACUAUGCUGAUCGCUGUGCUGCUUGGAAUCGUCUUAGUCAUUUCUAUACGCCCGGGAAAGCGAAGCAAACCCGAAGGAACUGACAAACAGCUUUCUAGACCUUAUCGUGGUCUUGAUUCACUUCUCGAUCUUUUGAGGAGCUGCUUUCCCGUCAACCUGGUGGAGGCAUCUUUCAUACAAAAACGAACAAAAUACAAGACUGUCGAUCCCAUCGUCAAAACAUAUAACGAUACGAUAAGGAACGGGACUCACAACUACACAGUUCAUAAGGACGAGGAGCUAGCUCCGGGAUCAACAAUGGUUCCCGCGGGACUCGAAAUUGCUUCCCGAAAUAUGAACGUCCUUGGGUUGGUUAUGUUUUCCAUUGUGUUCGGUAUCGUAUUGGGGCGCGUUGGAGAACGUGGAUUGCCCGUGAAAGCCUUCAUCGAGUCGCUGAAUGAAAUUAUCAUGGAAAUGGUAUCAUUAGUCAUGUGGCUCUCUCCGAUUGGAAUUUGUAGUUUGAUAGCUGCCAAGCUGGCGGGCAUGGGUGACAUCGGGGAAUCAUUCAAACUGCUGGGCUAUCUUAUGGGCACCGCCAUCACUGGUCUCCUCUGCCACGGCUUGAUCAUUUUGCCUCUGGUUUAUUUGAUAUUCACGAGGAAAAACCCGAUUGUGUACGUUAAAAAUAUGUCGGAUGCCAUAUUUACAGCGUACGGUACAGACUCCAGCGCGGCCACUUUGCCUACUACCAUGAGAUGUGUAGAGCAGAACAAUCACGUGGACAAACGUAUCAGCCGUUUCGUUCUUCCGUUGGGCGCCACUGUCAAUAUGGAUGGCACUGCAUUGUAUGAGGGCGUUUGUGCUCUUUGGAUCGCACAGCUUCACGGAAUCAGCCUUGGGGCAGGACAGGUUAUCACUAUUAUAUUGACAUCUAUGGCUGCGGCGGUUGGUGCAGCAGCAAUUCCAUCUGCAGGCUUGGUGACCAUGCUGAUUGUGUUACAGUCUGCCAAUCUCCCCACCAGUGAUGUUGCUCUUCUUUGGGCAGUCGACUGGUUCAUGGAUCGCUUCCGUACUGUCGUAAAUGUCCUUGGAGAUGCAAUCGGCGCUGGUAUAGUUGGGCACCUAUCACGUGACGAACUGAACGAAGCUGACCAAUCAGACGUAGAAGAAGGUGGUGGACAUGGCGAAGAAAAGCAUGAGCUUAUUGUACCGUCUGAGGGACGUUACGUUAAAAAAGAUCCAGAUCAGAACCAAUCCCCAAGAAUGACCAGCUUUAAGAGGUCAUCAGAAGACCCAACUAAGUAGGUCAACUCCAUAAUGGCUACUUAUUCUUAAAAUGCCAUUUGACGUUUCUGGGAAAAAAAGAUAAAAACACUUUCUAAUCAUUAUCUAUCAGCAAUAAGAGCUGGGUAUCGUGAUCUUUCUUGACUGACAGCCAGUUCAAACAGACUGUUAAUUUUUUAUGUUUUAUUACAAUUUCAAUUUUUAUCUUAAGUUAUGAGUAGCAUUUCUUGUAUUCUUUUCUACGAUGAUUCUCUAGUUCGGGCAAAAUUGCCGACGGUAGGACAAUUCAUAAGCAAUCACUAUGACCGAAACUUAUGUGUUCAAGCCAGUUAAGGGGUGUAGGAGAUUAAAAAAUCUCAUGGACUAAAUCAGUUCUACUUAGGAUUACUACACGUAACACUUUUCUAAAACUGUCUGUGAAGGACUCACGUGAAUAUUUUAUAUCUUACGUCACAGCUUGGAAAAAUUCUGAUUAGUCAGAGGUGAAGUAGCCGCAUAUAUAUAUACUGGAUAAUUAGUCAUAAAAUUAUGUCUUUUAUAUGUGCUUCAAAAAGAUCAAAGGAAGGUAGAAAUAGAAAGGGAAAACUUCUAGUUAGUUUGAGUAAACCUGUUUUCUUCAUUCUGUUGUAGAUACAUUUAUGUAAAGAAAAGGAUAGUAGAGAAAUUUUUUUAGACGUCGACAUCAGCCGGAAGUUGAGACUACUUUUCCAAGCGCUUGAUACGGAUCUUUUUAUCUAAACUGUUCAGUUCAAAAUACUAGGACGAAGCCUUUGCUGACUUUGCAUUAGAUUAUUUGAUUUGAAUGCAGACUAAAAUUGGCUGCAUUAUACUUCCGGUCGCUGUCCGCGUCUUAAAAAUGCAACCGCUGAAUUUCCAUGUUAUAUUUUUUUAGAACAUAGUUAAUAUCUGCAGGUUGAUUACUAUAUCGAAUUUUUUCUUCUUAUAAGUCCUCGGUAACAUGACAAGAAGCUGCUGAACUUAAAUCAAAUUGGGGAGCAAAAAGGGGGGAAGGAAGGGGGAUGAGGGGGAUGAGGGGGAUAGGGGAGGGGCUCAACGCAGGUACUGUCGUCGGAAGUUGCAUUUUGAGUCCGGCGGGUAUACUUCCACGACCAUCACUCGUUCACUUCAGCCCCAAGGUUUCUCAUAAAACAAAAAGAUAGCAGCUUCUGAUCAAGGGCAUGGCAGAGGAAUUUUGUAAUAUAGUCAAGUAUACGUUUUGCAUUUAGCUAGUUAGAUCAAGAGAUCCUCUCUUGGUUAGUUUCUAUGGCCUUGGAAGGCGAGGCAGCUUUACUUCAUCCAUUUCAUUGUGUAAACCGUGAAAAAAUGAAGAAAUAUAUCUGCUAAGUUUUCAUGCAUAUCGUUUUCAUUGUUUAUCGUUGUUUGAGAAGAGAGAUCUUUCAGUUUUUCUGCAAUUUUGCCAAAAUGUGAAUAAAAUAAUUAUGACUUCAUAACUAA